UUCUCCAGCAGCGACAAGUCGGCGCGUCAGAGCAGCGGCGGCAAGUCUUUCUUCUCUCGUAACAAGAAGGACAAAGGGAGCGAACAUGGACACGGCCUCGGCCAUGCGCCGCAGCCCACGAUCCACGAGUCCACCGCGCGCCACUCGCACCGCAGCUCCACCUCCACCAGCACCAUCGACCAGGAGGAGUACAUGAAGAAUGGGCAAGACCCGCUGGCGAUGCAGGCAGGAGUCAUCACUAGCAUACCCUACGAUGCCGUGGCCAAAGACACGCGACCUCCGCUUCUUGUUGAUCAUGCCGAGUGGCCAGUGUCGAAACGGGAACCGCUGCCACACCAUUUGAACAAAGGCGGCGGCGACUUCCACCAGUACCCUGCCUUCGACGCCAGCUCGCUCCCUCCGAGGCCUCCCACACAUGGCAGCAGCUACCGCGGGCGACUGGACUCGGAUGCCACCACGCUGAAUGCCUAUCCCGCAUCCCGUAGCUCGAGCGACCACGGCAGUGUACGAUCGAACUGGUCCGGCGACCGAAGACAAUACUACAAUGCCAACACCAGUCAGGCCUCUCUCGGCGUCGGCAUGACCGGUUAUGCUCCCGAGCAAUCUUCUGCAAGCCAGCGAGAUCGAGAUCGCAACAUCCAACAUCUCAACGCCCACAGCCCGUCUGCCUUUUCUAGUGCAGCAUCAUUCUCGCCCGAAGCAUUGCUGCAACACCGACCUUCGGACGACAAGGUCAUAGAGAAAGAAUUCUUGGAGUUGAUGCUAAAGCGUGGUUGGAAAUCACUACCCGAACAAGCACGACGUCAGAUGGAAGCAUACCCUAUAAGUAAAAAGUGGACUCUGGUAUACCAAGAUAGACUGGCAGAGUGGCAAGGAGAGCAGAAGCGCAGAAAUAUGGCCCGAAAUACCAUGCAGAGCGUGCAUGGAGGCUUCGAUAUUGGCCGCAUGGAGGAGGAAGGCAGCCCGGAAUGGUACGUGAAGAAGAUUUUGGACAACUCCAUAUCUGCAAAACAAUUACAGAGCUUGGCCGUGAGCCUCCGAACCCAGCCCAUCGCGUGGGUCAAGGCAUUCGUGGAAGCACAAGGACAGAUAGCAUUGACCAAUUUGCUCGGAAAGUUGAAUAGACGACAAGCAUCUGGACCAGUCCCCGUGGAAGGAUCAAAGCAGGAGAAAGACUUGGACCGAGAGUACGACAUUGUCAAAUGUCUGAAGGCAUUGAUGAACAACAAGUAUGGAGCCGACAACGCGUUGCAGCACGAUAGUAUUGUCAUGGCGCUCGCGAGCUCCUUGACGACUCCACGACUGCACACCAGGAAAUUGGUCUCGGAGCUGCUCACCUUCCUAUGUCAUUGGGCAGAAGGACAAGGGCAUGUGAAAGUCCUCCAGGCCAUGGAUCAUCUCAAGGCACAACAAAGCGAGAACGGACGAUUUGAUGCAUGGCUACGUAUCGUGGAGGUCACCAUCGAUGGGCGUGGCAAGAUGGGAUCCUUGGUCGGAGCAUCAGAUGAAGUCCGAAGUGGUGGUGUCGGCAUGGAGAACCUCCUCAUGGAAUAUGCUGUUGCAUCUCUGUUCUUGGUGAACUCCAUCGUAGAUGCACCCGAGCGAGAUCUUCAGCUGCGAUGUCACAUCCGGGCCCAAUUUGUGGCCUGUGGGCUCAAGCGUAUCUUCACAAAGAUGGAGGACUUCCAGUACGAGGUCAUAGACAAACAGAUCGAACGAUAUCGAAACAACGAAGCCAUUGACUAUGAAGACUUGCUGGAGCGCGAGAACAGCUCUAUGCAUGAGAGUAUGGAGGGCGAGGGCAAAGACUUGAAUGACCCGGUACAAAUCGUUGAGGCUAUUCAGCAACGAGUUGCUGGAAGCAGAGAAGGCGACUAUUUUCUCUCUGCACUGCAGCAUCUUCUGUUGAUUCGGGACAACGAAGGAGAAGAUCGUUUGAAGCUGUUCCAGCUCGUAGAGAGCAUGCUCUCCUAUGUUACCAUGGACCGACGAUUACCAGAUAUGGACCUCAAGCAGUCUCUCAACUUCUCCGUUCAGUCGUUACUCGACAAGCUUUAUACAGACUCCGAGGCUCGACAAGCUCGAGAAGCUGCCAAUGAAGCAAGGCUUAUUGCAGAUGCGGCAAUUGCAGAGCGUGAUGAGAUGAAGUCCCAGGUGGAGAUGGGUGCUGAAGGUCUAGUAGCCAAAUUGCAAAAGCAGAUCGAGGAACAAGCUGCUGUCAUUGACCUGCAGUCUCGACAGACCGAGGCAAUGAAGUCAGAACUUAGUGAGCUGCAAAGAGUACGAGCACAGGACCUGCAACGACAAGAACUCGAGACUCGAGAGUUGUACUUGAUGCUUCGCGAUGCUCAAAACAUCGCUGAGUCGAAUGCCAAAAAGGGCGGCAAAAAUGAGGAGACUACAGAUCCGGCGCGAUUGCAAGGCAUCCUCGACCGUGAAAGGCUUAUGGAUCGCUUGGAGAUGCAGCUUGAACGUGCAAAGACUCAGGCAAAGCUGGAAGGUAAGGUGUGGCAACAGUUCAAUCCCAGUGACAAGCUGCGUGAGCUUCGUGAAAAGAUGGAGGGCGCGGGCAUGGAACCAGAUGGACUUGAAGCCCAAAUGAGCUACCUCGGCCAGACCGCUCCUCGAAGAGGCACCGGCAUUGCACGCAAACCAGUCCGAAAAGCCUCAGAUGGUGACAAUGUUGACGAGACCAUUAUGGAGGACGACACUGUCUUUGAGAAGCCUAGACUGGUGGAGUACACACGGCCCAAGGUGCCAUCUUCUGUUGCGAAUGCACAACGAGGCAUGCUCGCUGAGCUUCAAAGCAGAGCGCCGAGGGUGGAUGGUAGCGAUGACGAAGGCGACGGUGUCACGACCGGGCCUACACCUCCUGCACCCCCAAUGCCUGGCUUUAAUGGCGCAGCCCCUCCUCCUCCUCCUCCUCCUCCUCCUCCCGGAAUGGGCUUCAAAGGCGGAGCUCCUCCUCCACCGCCUCCAGGCGCACCUCCUCUUCCCGGCAAGCUCAAUGGCGGCUUCCUUCCCAAACAAAUGCAUACCAGUCCGAAUGGUGGCAUCGGUGCAGUUGCUCCUCGUCCGAAGAAGAAGCUCAAGGCCCUGCACUGGGAGAAGGUUGACUCACCUGAAGUCACGUUGUGGUCGCUCCACACACCCACCUUCGAGCAGAAAGAAGAGAAGUAUCAGGAGCUGUCAAGAAAGGGUAUAUUGGACGAAAUCGAGAAAUUGUUCAUGGCCAAGGAGAUCAAGCAAAUUGGCAAGGGCGGCGGCAAGGUCAAGACUGACAAGAAGCAAGUCAUCAGCCGCGAUCUCAUGCAUAUGAUGCAGAUCAGUCUUGCCAAGUUUUCGAAUGUGGAAGCAGACGACAUCGUACGCAUGGUCAUUCACUGCGACCGCGAGAUCUUGGAAAACAGCACAGUCAUGGAGUUCCUGCAGCAUGAGCAUCUUUGCACUAUUCCAGACAAUGUGGCCAAACUGAUGGCACCCUACUCGAAAGACUGGACCGGGCCUGAUGCUAUUAAGAGUACGCGUGAGCAAGAUCCGGCCGAGUUGACUAGAGAGGAUCAAAUCUAUCUCUACACGGCUUAUGAGCUACAUCACUACUGGAAGGCGAGGAUGAGGGCUCUUGCUUUGACCAAGAAUUUCGAGCCCGAGUACGACGAGAUCUCUGGAAAGCUCAAGCAAGUCGUUCAGGUAUCGGAGAGCUUGCGCGAUUCCGUGAAGCUUAUGCCGGUCUUUGGUCUCAUCUUGGACAUUGGAAACUACAUGAACGAUUCUAAUAAACAAGCUGUCGGUUUCAAGCUCUCCUCGCUUGCUCGUCUUGGUAUGGUCAAGGACAAGGAUAACGAGUCGACACUUCUGGAUUACGUUGAGCGCGUUGUCAGGAAACAAUACCCACAAUACGAAGGCUUCUACGAGGACAUCGCUGGAGUGCUUACAACACAGAAGAUCAAUAUUGAACAGCUUCAAGGCGAUGCAAAGAAGUACAUCGACAACAUCAACAAUGUGCAGUCCUCUCUCGACUCUGGCAAUCUCAGUGACCCCAAGCGGUUCCAUCCAGAGGAUCGCGUCAGCCAGGUUGUGCAAAGAUCAAUGAAGGAAGCUAGAAGGAAAGCCGAACAGAUGGCGCUCUAUCUUGACGAGAUGAAUCGGGUGUACGACGACAUUCUCACAUACUUCGGCGAUGACAACAAGGACGAGAACGCGAGGCGAGAGUUCUUCAGCAAGCUCGCCAACUUCUUGCAGGAGUACAAGAAAUCUCAUGAGAAGAAUCUUGUACUUGAAGAAGCCUGGCGCCGCAACGAGGAGAACAUGCGCCGCAAGCAGAUGAAGUCUGGUCAUGGUUCAUCAUCUGCGUCGGUUAGCGAUGCUCCUGCCAGUCCUGUGUCAACAGGUGCCAUGGACGAUCUGCUCCAGAAGCUCCGUGCUGCCGCACCUGUCGCCAAAGACACCAGAGAACGAAGACGACGAGCACGCCUGAAGGAUCGACACCAAGUGCGCGUCGCUUCGGGUCAAAAGAUCCCGGAGACGGGCGAGAAUAUGGUGACCGAUGAGAACGGCCUGCUUAGUCCUGCCAAGACGAACGACUCUGCCGAGAGCAAUGAGCCAGUUGAAGGCGGUGUCUCGGAAGGAGAGGACAUCGCCGAUCGAGCAGCCUCCAUGCUCCAAGGUCUACGCGGCGACGCAGAACCUGCUGAGCCUGGAUCUGAAAGCCUCCGAGUGCGAAGGCGCAGGGAAAGCGCCGACGAUGAACGAGCCCGAAGACGUGCAAGGAGACGUGGUGCUGGGGGUAGCACCGACACGACUGCCACUACAAUUACGGAAGAAGGCGACGAAGCUGCCGCCGACAAAGUUGGCGAGAGAACAAUUCUGGAAGAGGACGAGGAGAAAUCUGGUGGUAGUGACUGCAAACGCGAUUCAGGAGAGCCAUCUCUACCGACACCUACGACCGUCGUUGUCCCACCCAGUCCGACGGCAAGCGAGCAUAGUCCUGAGAAAGCGGAAUAGCGUGUUGCUUUGAUGGAUGCUUUGAAUCGUGUCGCCAGAUCGCCGAUUGUUGAUUGCGAGCAUAGGAAAUGGGAAGUUGGAUGAGAUGAGUGAUGGAUGCUACGGUAAUGCAUAGAUGGAUUGUACAUAAUCUCUUUAAUGUCUGUUGUAUCAAAGGGUGCGGGAAGGACAAGCAAGCAAGCAAGCAUAGUGGUCGGAUGGCAUGAUAUCAAUCGCUUUUAGCGUUGGAGUGAGGUGUUUGAUUUCUGGUGUGAGGGACUUGCCUACGAGCAAGGUUGAGAUGGCAAUGAGAAAGGUGGCUUGGUUGUAUACCCCCUUGUUUCAUCAUUAUAUUCAAGAGAUCGUAUUUGCCUCAUACUUUGAGCUGUGAUCUGUGUCUCUCUUCGAUCAUUUGGACUUUCAUCACCCUUGACCUCGAUAUCCAAUAUCUUCCGAACGCCGAACGCCGAACGCAAUGCCAUGUCGUAAUAGAACAAACAUCCUAAUGCCUCUCGUGAAUGAAAUUCGUUCCUUCAUUCCCGUCUUUCGCCAGCGAUUCAGAUCAGGAUCCAAUUCCUCCACCAUGGCUCCUGACCUCUUCCUUCUCCAAUUUGGGAGUUUCCCGGCUCAGCAACGACCGCAGUUCAGGUGUAAUAAUCUUGUCCUUCUUGACAGCUUCUUCGGCUUCCCGUCUUGCAGCAGCUUGUUGUGCUGGAGUCUGCUGUCUCGACGAGCUCUCGGCUGCGCUUGAAGUAGUUCUUCUGGGUCUACCGUCACUUCCGGGUCUAGUCGUAGUAGGGCUUGGAGGUUGUGGCAGUGCGACUCUUUGUCUGAUUUCUGGCGCUUGAGGGAAAUUGUUCUUGCGAUCGAUUGCUUCCACCAUCCUCCUAUACCUUUUGAACAGACUUUCGGCUCUAACGAGGGUGCUGUAGAGGUCGAUGGUGCCUGAGAGCUCAUUGAUGUAUUUGAGAACUUCGUCAAAACCUUUGAGAUGUUCCAUGAUGACAUUCCUGUGCUUCUCGAGAAUGGCGGCUGCGAUGAAGAGGUGGAAGUUGGAGCUGAGAUAGUCUGUCC